CGGCGGCCCGCGACGGAACCAUGUCGCUGGCGUUCGAUGAGUUCGGGCGACCGUUCAUCAUCAUCAAGGAACAAGGAGCGAAAACGCGCGUGCGCGGGAUCGAUGCUCAGAAAGCGAACAUCGCGGCGGCGAAGAGCGUCGCUCGAACGCUUCGGUCUUCGCUCGGGCCAAAGGGUAUGGAUAAGAUUUUACAGUCUGGCGACGGCGACAUCACGAUAACAAAUGAUGGAGCGACUAUUUUGGAUCAAAUGGAAGUCGAACAUGAGAUCGGUAAGCUCAUGGUUGAGCUGUCCAAGUCGCAGGACUACGAGAUCGGUGAUGGGACGACCGGCGUGGUGGUUUUAGCGGGCGCGCUGUUGGAGCAAGCCGAGUCACUUCUUGACCGCGGUAUCCAUCCCCUUCGAAUCGCGGAAGGCUACGAGAUGGCGUCCAAGGUGGCGACAAAGGAGCUGGCAAGAAUCAGCGAAAAGUUCGAAUUCGAUGCGGAGAAUAUCGAACCGUUAAUUCAAACGUGUAUGACGACGCUGAGUAGUAAGAUUGUGAACCGGUGCAAGCGCGAAAUGGCAGAGAUUUGCGUGAAGGCUGUGAUGGCGGUGGCCGACUUAGAACGUAAGGAUGUGAACUUAGACUUGAUUAAGGUUGAAGGCAAGGUGGGCGGCAAGCUAGAAGAUACCAUGUUGGUGAACGGUAUCGUGUUGGACAAGGACAUCAGCCACCCGCAGAUGGCGAAGGAGAUUAAGGACGCAAAGAUCGCCAUCUUGACUUGCCCUUUUGAGCCGCCAAAGCCGAAGACGAAGCACAAGAUUGAAAUCGACACGGCGGAAAAGUACGAGGAGCUCCGUCAGCAAGAAGAAAAGUACUUUAACGACAUGGUGAAGCAAUGCAAGGACUGUGGCGCGACGCUCGUCAUUUGCCAGUGGGGUUUUGAUGACGAGGCAAAUUCGAUGCUCAUGCAGCAAAAGCUUCCCGCCAUUCGCUGGGUCGGUGGUGUCGAGCUUGAGCUUUUGGCUAUCGCCACUGGCGGUCGUAUCGUACCGCGAUUCACGGAGUUAACGCCAGAGAAACUCGGUUCAGCGGGCAUGGUGAAGGAGGUUUCGUUUGGAACGACUAAGGAACGCAUGGUAAUCAUUGAAGACUGCGCCGCGAGCAAAGCGGUCACAGUCUUCGUGCGCGGCGGCAACAAAAUGAUGGUUGAUGAAACGAAGCGUUCUCUGCAUGACGCGAUCUGUGUUGCUCGCAACUUGGUUCGAUCGAACAACAUUGUGUACGGCGGCGGUUCUGCUGAAGUUGCGUGCGCAAUCGCCGUCGAGGAGGAAGCCGACAAGAUUCCAAGCGUCGAGCAAUACGCCAUGCGCGCCUUCGCGGACGCUCUUGACGCUGUUCCGAACGCUUUGGCCGAAAACAGCGGCCUUCCUCCGAUCGAGAGCGUGGCCACGAUCAAGGCGCAGCAAUUGAAGGACAAGAAUCCGUUCCUCGGCGUCGACUGCAAAGAAAUUGGCACCAACGACAUGAAGUCUCAGGGCGUGUUCGAGACUCUCAUCGGCAAGCAGCAACAAAUUUUGCUCGCCACGCAAGUCGUCAAGCUCAUUCUCAAGAUUGACGACGUAAUCUUAGCGGGAGAAGGGCAGUAG